GAAAUGGUAAAUAAACGGAAGUUGGAGUAGCCAAAGAGGUGAAGCCCCCCGCUCCACUCCUCCCAACUCCGCCGCCUCACGCCGCCGCCGCCGGUGCCCGAUCCCGCACACGCGUAUCCCUCCAGCUCGCCGCCCGCCAGCCCGGCAUGGAGCGCGUCGCCGGCGGCGGCGGAGGAGGAGCCGGCGAGGCGCGGGGUGCAGACGCGCCGCCGCCGCCGCCGGUGGCGGCAGGGGGCGGGGGCGGGGCGGUGAAGGGGAAGUCCUGCAAGGGCUACCUCUUCUACUCGUCGUCGCUCAGGUCGCGAGACCGCGGUCCCGUCUGCGCCGGCAUCACCCGCGCCAUCCCCCAAGUCCCUGAUCACAUGGUUGGAGAAAUUGAGAUGGAAGCUAUCCAGGAAGGUCGCAACCUUUCCGACUUCAGAUAUGGAUGUAUCGGCUAUUCCAUGUAUCUGGAUGACAAGAAGAGUUCUGAAGGGAAAGGUGACAAGCACCCGCAACUGCCUAUUUGUGUUGGAAUCGAGCUAUUGGCUGAUAGAAAAACUUCGACUAAUCAGGCUUCAUCUCACCAUAAAAAGGAAGCUCCCCAACCACGGCGAUAUAAGCCUGCACAGAGAGGAGAUGAUUUCUUAACCAAAUUUCAGAGGAAUGCUGGACUUGUGGCUAAUGGUGUAGCAAGGAACUUAAAUAAAGUUGGGGCCUACAUUAAAGACACCAUGGAUGAUAUCAUGUAUCCUUACCGCAAACGUCCAAAGUAAAACCUAGAUCUGGUUCUUUUUUAAUCCUGAAGAAGAGUAGACAAACGGGGGAGUGUCUAAUCCACUACUUCCUGAAACACCUGGCUAGCACAUAGAUAGGCUCUGUAGGCAGUUAUAUGGAGGCCAAGUUGCACUCUAUUCCGCUAGCUGUUUGGUGCCUUCACUUCAUAUCAUGUUUCCCCCCUAGCCUUCUCCCGCUAUUGCAAUGAGUUCAUUUUACUGGGUUCCAUCCAGCAAUGUAUAGGAGGUAUGAUGUAACACACAAUAUCACCUGCUUGAGGUCAUACUUGCGACUUCUGAGAAUAAUAUCAUGUCACCAUUGCGAGCCACCAGCUUGAACAAUUAGCAGUAUAGGAAUAUGAUGGACCUUCUGUUGUAUGAUUUCUCA